CAAAAAAUGCAAAACACGAGCUACAUUUAUAUUAAGACCAAAAAACUGAUACUUUAUCGUAUCACACAAUUAUUUCGCGUAUAAUAUUGUGGAUUUGUUUUUAUUAAAAUGACAAUUAACUGGAAAAAGUAUAUAUUAUGGUUUGCGCAGGAACAUGUGGAUUUCCGUAUGGGGGAAUUCAAGAGUAUAGCAAAACUGUUUGAUCUACGUUUCCAGAUACUAACCGAAAAUACCACAAAUCCAUACUGGGUAGUUGAGUUCCCGAAUGAUGAGUCAGCUUUAAAAUUUGCCUCGCGUUCGAUUGCACUGCGUUGUGUUUUGGAACUCUGGUCUCAUGGAAAUUCAUUAACAGAUUUUCACAAGCAACUACAAUCUUACACAAAAGAGAAUGACAAGGAAAUAAAUAAUUACUUUAAAAAAGAUUGCUCCUUUAAAAUAAUUGUGGAAACUUACAACAAACAUCUUAAACAAGCGGAAAAAAUUCAAAAAAUAGAAUCACUUGAUUAUUUGCCAAUAGAAGGAAAUGUGGAUUUAAAAACACCACAGGUUGAGUGGUGGUAUAUAGAAUUUUGGGGUCUCGAUCCUACCAAUGUGCCUGAAAAACCUGAUGAUGUGCUGUUUGGACGUUUGAUAUCGAACGGUCAACGACAUCUAAUUAAAGAACUUUCUUUAAAGAACAGAAAAUUUAUAGGAAAUACAAGUAUGGAUGCGCAGCUUAGUUUAUUAAUGGCAAACCAGGCACUGGUAAGAGAUGGUGAUCUCGUUUUAGACCCAUUUGUUGGUACAGGUUCACUGCUAGUGAGUUCCGCAAAAUUUGGAGGCUAUGUACUUGGAGCUGACAUUGAUUUUAUGAUGCUUCACGCACGUAAUCGUCCAAGUCGGAUAACGCAAAAAAAACGUGAAAAAGACGAGAGCAUUCGUGAGAACCUUAAACAAUACGGCUGUGCAGAACGCUACUUAGAUGUUGUGGUAGCAGAUUUUUCUAAUCCACUUUGGAAUAAACGAGUAAAAUUCGAUUGCAUCAUAACAGAUCCUCCUUAUGGUAUAAGAGAAGCGACAGAAAAAGUGGAAAUGAAGCAAUCAAAUAAAUCAAAUGUGCGAACUGCUGAUAUGCCACAUUAUCCUUCGACAUCACAUUAUUGUUUGCAACAGCUAUACGCUGAUUUACUUUCAUUCGCAGCUAACUAUUUAAAAAUUGGCGGCAGAUUAGUGUGUUGGUUGCCAUUUCAUCGCGAGGAUUACACUGAAGAAAUUGUGCCACGCCAUAUAAAUCUGAAAUUAAUGGGAAACAGUGAGCAAUUACUAUGCGGACAAACGUCAAGAAGACUUCUUACCUAUGAAAAACAUUCUGAUCCUGAAUUACAUGAUAGCAACACACAAAGUGGCGAUUUCAUUGUAACAGAAUUUAGGCCUAGGUAUUUUGAUAACGUUACGGAAUCUCGUACGGAACGACGUUUGCGAAAAUCGGAGCUGAGAGAACAAGGACGUAUUGAAGCAAUGAAACGCGGAAAAAAUUUACCAGAUUCACGAGAGUUGAAAAUUUCUCUUAAUAAAGCCAGAUUUAAAUAAUAUAAA